UGCUCGGGACUUGGUAGUGAGAGGUGACUGCUCCUCUCUCUCUUUCACUCUCGCUCUCACUCACUCUCUCCGUCGCUCUCACUCGCUCACUUUCUCACUCGCCGGUUCGCGCCCCGCCCUCUCGUAUCUCUAUCUCUGUUUGUUAUUUCUCGUGUCUCGCUCUCUCCUCAAUAAUAAUAAUAAUAAUAAUAAUAAUAAUAAUAAUAAUAAUAAUAAUAAUAAAAAGUGUUCUAUAUUUUUCAUGAAGUUUGUAACGAAUAUUUUUUUAUCGAAAUUAAUUAAAACUGUAAUUCAAUAUCGGACCACAUUUUGAGUUUAAAAAAAUAUAGUUAUGCGAAAAAAUGACAGAAAAAUGUGGACUAACAAGCACAAAUUAGAGAGAGAGAGAGAGAGAGAGAGAGAGAGAGAGAGAGAGAGAGAGAGAGAGAGAGAGAGAGAGAGAGACUCGUCGUGAUUAAGCAGUGAACAUCAAUUUUUAAACCCCCACAUCAUCACCACCGCCAUCACCAUCACCAUCACCAUCACCAUCACCAUCACCAUCACCACCACUAUCCUAUCCCUCACCAUCACGUGACCUUGAAAGUGGCAGUGACCUUCAAGUGCCAGCAGGAAAAAAAAAAAGUGCCAAAAAAACAAAACAAACCAAAACAAAACAUUUCCAGUGUAAAGAAAGAAAGAAAAAAAGAAAGAAAUAGGCCUAAACGUUUACUCUCCUUACUGAGCCUACCAGGAAAGUGAGACCAGGUGCAUGUGUUACCUGUAGAACCUGUAGUGAGCCUAUUGUGCCUUUAGUCCGGUGCCUGCAGGAGAGGGUGCUUAAGAGAGUGCCAGGGCCGCGUCAGUGCCAGCCACAUAGGGAACAAGGCCACGUCGGUCUAUCGGGGUUAAAACAUGACUGGGAGAAGAGAGAUGACCCCGUUAUUUCGACUUCUACUUGCUGCGUUGUCUCUGCGGGGGUGUUGCGGGCUGCACAUCGUUGACCUAGUGGUGCCCGAGGUGGUGCUGAACGGGUCCAGGUCUUCGGUAGUGCUGGACUGCGUGUACCGUUACGAGAGAUACGAGCAGGCGGGGCUGGUGGUGAAGUGGUUCUGGAAUCACGAACCGGAGGCAGUGUACCAGUGGAUCCCCGGCAAGAAACCCGUGGCCCUGGGACUGUUGAAGGGGCGCGUCAACUUGGACUACCACGCCACCAAGGACAAGUACGGACGGCACCGCGCCAUGGAAGUCCUGCGCCCCACCACGGACCUUACUGGUUACUUCACCUGCCGUGUCUCUUCGUUUCAUGACGAGAAGUUCACCUCCAAGAAGAUGAUUGUGUAUGCUCCCGCCACCACCAUGAACCUAACCUACAGCAGACCAGCGCCCGGCCAGGUGAACAUCAGCUGUGAGGCACACGGCAUCUACCCCGAGCCGUGCCUCACUCUCUCCCGCACCAGCACGCACCACGCCAGAACCAGUGUGCCAGCGGACGUGGAGAUAGUAGAGGGAGAGGAGGGCUUCAGCGUGUUCCUGGAGGCGAAGGUGGAAGAUGCCUCUCUCCACCACGAGACUCUGUUUGAAUGCGUUCUCCACAUUCCAGAGACUGAAUACAGAAUCCAGAGAGAGAUUAUCUAUAUGCCUGAGUAUGGGACGUUUGGACGCUACGGAGGCGCCACGGGGCUGGACGGGGCACCAACAUUACUCCUGGUUCUUUCCCUCCUGCUGCCACGCCUGCUGUCCGCCGCCGCCGCCCGCCCCCCGCCCAUCUCGUAGGCCGCUCACACGCCCCCCACGCCCUCACGCCCACCCGCCCACCCCCAUAGGAGCCCCCAGAAGCCGCCCGUCGUUUCCCUGGUGGUCUCCCUGGUUAGCAGUUUCAUGAGGGAGCGUGUUAUGUCAAUUAGAUUUUUUACCUCCUCUUCUUCCUCUUCCUCCUCUUGUUCCUUCUUCUUCUUCUUCUUCUUCCGUCUUAGUCUUCUUCCUUGUUCUUGUUGUCUUUCGUAUGUUUUUAAUUGUUCCUCAUUCUCGUCUUUCGUUUUCCGUUUAGUUUCUUCUCGUUUUCUUCCUCUUCUCCUCUUCUUCCUCCUCCUCCUUUUCAUCGUUUCUCUCCUUAUCUCCAUCCUUCUUCUCCAGUUCUGAUUAUUCGUUUAUUCCUUCUCUCCUUCGUCUUCCUCCUCCCUUCUUCCAUUUUAUUUCUUAUUCAUCCUUCCGCCCUCAUAUUCUUCCACUUCCUCCUUCUAUUCUUCCUCCUCCUCUACUCUCUCUCCUCCACUUCCACUUUUUAUUAAAUUUUUUCGUUGUCCUCCCUCUUUCCCUGCCAUCUGCAUCGUCUCUCUCUCUCUCUCUCUCUCUCUCUCUCUCUCUCUCUCUCUCUCUCUCUCUCUCUCUCUCUCUCUCUCUCUCUCUCAUCUCCUUAACACUUUCCUAACUAUAUGUCAAUCUCCCACUCUCUCACAACUUUCCACCUGGCAACCACUCCCUCCUCUCCACUCGGAUUUUCCUUCACCCCCUGACACCCUCCCUGAUCCCCACCUGACCCUAUGAACCCUGUAUCCUGAACCCUCAUAUGCUUCAGUGAGAGUAAGGGCCAUAUUCUGAAACACUUCUGCGCCUCACCUUCGCUACUUUCAAAAGUCUCUAUGUAGUCGAAGUUAUUUUUUAUUUUUUUGAUUCAGGGUGUUGUUUUACGGUUCUAGUGACAGAUUAACACGAUUUCUUCAUUGUUCAAAGGAGAAAAUAGCACUGAGAGCCUGGGUAAUCAUUGCUGUGGCCUUGGUCGUGGUGAGGGAGCUAAGUGUUUCUGAAUGCGAGUCAUAGGGAGUGAUGAGAAAGGGAAGAGUAGCUAAUAGGGGGUUGACUGCUACUCUUAAUCCUCUUCCUCUCACUCUUACUCCUCCUACUGCUUCUCCUACUACUCCUUUCUCUCUCUCUCUCUCUCUCUCUCUCUCUCUCUCUCUCUCUCUCUCUCUCUCUCUCUCUUUUCACUCCUUCAUUGCUUUCCUGCGCUCUCUCUCUCUCAGCUAUCAAUCUCCUUCAUCGUCUUCUGCAGUAGCCCCUCCCUUCUCCCUCUCCGUCUCCCUCGCCUCCGUCAGUCAGCAAGAGGGUCCCUGUACAAAGCUUCUAAAUGAUAUAUUGUUAGUUUGACUCAGAGACGCUAUAAGUCGAACCGCAUUCUCUCUCUCUCUCUCUCUCUCUCUCUCUCUCUCUCUCUCAUGGUAAACGUUAAUAUUAAGGUAACUUGGGCUUACUGAGAUUUUCCUUAUAUGCUCUCUCUCUCUCUCUCUCUCUCUCUCUCUCUCUCUCUCUCUCCUCUCUCUCUCUCUCUCUCACUCUCUCUCUCUCUCGCUCCGCUCUGCCCCGAUCUUGUGUGUCUGUUUGUGUGUGUGUGUGUGUGUGUGUGUGUGUGUGUGUGUGUGUCACCAGGGGGUAAUUAUGCAGAGAUAAUCAGUCAAUUAAUUUAAGGUGUGUUUAUUGAGUUACCUGGUGAGAAGGAGGAGGAAGAGGAGGAAGAGGAGAAAGAGAAGAAGGAGGAAGAGGUGGAGGAGGAGAAGGAGGAGGAGGAGGAGGAGG